UUCAUGGUACCUGAUCUAAUGUGGGAUUGGGGACUGUGAUUGGGAGGAAGAGAAAUAAGCCAUGAGUCCUCCCCGCCCCCUUCUCUCCCUCGCCAAAUCCCUCCACGCUUUCCGCCCCGCCAUUCUUCGAUCAAUCUCUUCCACCCCUUCUCUCUGUUUCCAAACCCUAGAUGCUGAUUCUUUACCUGCGUUGGCGCCGCGCACCCUUGCAGAGCUCCGCCACCGACUUGAAGCAGAGUCGCCGGAGCUAUCAGACUUUGUUUACUCUGUUGAAGUUGGAACGAAGAAGAAACCUCUUCCCAAGCCGAAAUGGAUGCAAGCGACAAUUCCUGGCGGGGCGAAGUACGCGGCUAUCAAGGCUAAGUUGCGGGAGCUGAAUUUACACACGGUCUGCGAGGAAGCGAAGUGCCCUAACCUUGGAGAAUGUUGGUCCGGCGGCGAGACGGGAACCGCUACGGCUACCAUCAUGAUCCCUGGCGAAUCCCGCCCCCCCGGGGUUGGCGAUACCUGCACCCGCGGUUGCAGAUUUUGCAAUGUUAAGACAUCAGCUCUUCCUCCACCACCAGAUCCAAAUGAACCCACAAAUGUUGCUCAGGCAAUUGCAUCUUGGGGUCUAGAUUAUGUUGUGAUCACAAGUGUUGACCGUGAUGAUCUGCCUGAUCAAGGCAGCAGCCAUUUUGCUGAAACAAUUCAGAAGCUCAAGACACUGAAGCCAAACAUUUUGAUUGAAGCAUUGGUUCCUGAUUUCCGUGGGGAAUCACCCUUAGUCGAAAAGAUUGCGAAAUCUGGAUUGGAUGUAUUUGCUCACAACAUCGAGACGGUGGAAGAGCUUCAGAGAUGGGUUAGAGAUCAUCGAGCCAAUUUCAAACAAUCUCUCGAUGUUCUCAAACUGGCGAAAGAGUAUGCUCCAGCCGGUACUCUCACCAAGACAUCAAUAAUGCUUGGAUGUGGCGAAACUCCUGAUCAGGUGGUCAACACAAUGGAGAAAGUAAGGGCUGCAGGAGUUGAUGUCAUGACCUUCGGCCAGUAUAUGAGACCAACAAAACGCCACAUGCCUGUUUCUGAAUAUAUCACACCUGAAGCUUUUGAGAAGUACAGGGUAAUUGGCAUGGACAUGGGAUUCCGAUAUGUUGCGUCUGGACCUAUGGUUCGAUCAUCAUAUAAAGCUGGAGAAUAUUAUAUUAAAUCAAUGAUCGAAGCUGACCGAGCUAAAGUUGCUUCUGCAGCUACUCCUGGAGAUGGAGUUGUAGCGAUCAUUUUUUAUUUAGAACCUGAGAACACGACACUUUAGUAUUCAUGGGUGGAG